ACGUCUACGUUAUAGUCGAAUCUUUCGAUUGGUUAGAUUGUUACAGUCAAUGAAGUCAAGCCAAGGCAAAUGCAGAAGAUUCCACGUAUAUGAAUGUGGCCAAAUAGUUUUUGGUCAUAUAUGAUUAGCAGUACUAUAUGAUUUAGAUUAGUUCUGUUAAUGGAGUCAAUGAACGAAUAAUUUUAUUGAUGUUCAGAAGACCAGCAAAGCUGAUUGGAGAAAAUUCCACAUACAUUUAUAUGGCCCAUUUCUUUUCUUUUUCAUAUGUGAUUAGUAGUACAAGAAUCCUUUGUUCCGUAAGUUGGACUGUUAUCUUCUUUUCGAAGGAGAAGAAUGGGCAGAGAUAUGAAUUCAAGUGGGCAGAGGAUGAAGUGGGGCUGCACGAAAUGCAGCCUUGCUGUGGUUGGGUUUGUGACAGUAGUUGUUAUAAUAGUUGUUACAGUAGUUGCUUCAGUGUUAGUGAUGAGGGAUUCCAAUCAUGGAGAUCAUAGUGAGAAUGUGUUGCAAAUAGGGGGAGAGGGACAUAAACCUCUAGUUGCAGAGGUUCCUGAGGCUCUCCUUUCUCCUCUUAUGGUAAAUCUUACUAUUGUUGAGGCAGCAACAUCUAAAGGAGCAGUUUGCUUAGAUGGAACACCACCGGGUUACCAUUUUGAUCAAGGUUUUGGUUCAGGAUCAAAUAGUUGGCUGAUUCAUCUUGAGGGUGGAGGAUGGUGUGAGACUUUAGCAUCGUGUGGUGAUCGUAAGAAUAGUGCUUUGGGUUCAUCUAUGCAUAUGGAAAGACAAAUCCAGUUUUCAGGCAUUUUAAGCAACCAACCCUCUGAAAAUCCAGAUUUUCACAAUUGGAAUAGAGUCAAAGUUCGUUAUUGUGACGGAGCUUCAUUUUCUGGAGAUGUUGAAGAUGAAAAUCAGGAAUACAAAGUUUUCUUUAGAGGUCAAAGAGUCUGGAAAGCUGUCAUGGAGGACCUCUUGGCCAAGGGUAUGGAUAAAGUUGAUCAGGGUUUCCUUUCUGGAUGCUCUGCUGGUGGAUUAGCAUCAUUUCUACAUUGUGACAAUUUUCGAGAGCUUCUUCCUCAAAAUGCUAAAGUGAAAUGCAUUGGAGAUGGUAGCUUCUUCCUUGAUGAGAAGGACAUAUCUGGAGCAAACUUCAUAAAAUCUUUCUACAAUAAGGUGAUAAUAUUACAGGAAGCAUAUAAUCACUUACCAAAGUCAUGUACCUCACAAAUGGAUCCAACAAGGUGUUUCUUUCCACAAUAUUUUCUAGGUUAUGUAGAUACGCCAUUUUUUAUUCUAAAUUCACCAUAUGAUUCAUGGCAGAUUCAAAAUAUUUUGGCACCAAAUGUAGCUGAUCCUCAAGGAUAUUGGCAGAACUGCAAGUACAACAUUAGUAGUUGUAACGAAACUCAAUUGACAACUUUGCAAGAUUUUAGGACUGAUAUGCUUCUUGCACUGAAAGCAUUUGAGGGAUCUAAACUUCUGGGCAUGUAUAUCAAUUCAUGCUUUAUUCAUUGCCAAUCUGAGAUGCAACAAACAUGGUUUUCACAAAGUUCUCCAAGACUAAAUAACAAGACCAUUGCAGAAGCUGUAGGAGAUUGGUAUUUUGAUCGAAUUGCAAUACAACAAGACAUAGAUUGCCCAUACCCAUGUGAUAAAACUUGUUUCGUACAAAGUUAGAAUAAUGAGCAUUCUUUUUCAAAUGUAUAAAUAAUUGUUAACAAUCCUAGGUUUUUUAUAGUGAUUAACCAAUACAAAGCUUAUCAACAAUUUUAAAAACUUAAAAACACGCUACAGGAAAGCUUUUAUAAUACAAAUGGAUGAGAAAAGAACUAUGUAAAUGAUGGUCUUUGGAUAUAUUAUUGUAUCCAACUUUCAUUAAGGUGUUAGCUCGAUAUUUCAAGUUU